UUAGCUAGUCACCUAUCCCCUCUGCAACAAGUGCUCAAGCUAUGCAAGGAAUCCUCUCCAGUACCUGUAAGGGACCCUGAACUGUGUAUUCUGAGCAAAGGGACGUAAAGUUGGGAAGACAGCCAAGGUAUUCUGGGGCCUCUUCUUCUGUCCCUGGUGGAAUACAGUGACGACAGAGAGAUAAGGAAGGGAUCAAUGUUCAGAGGAAGCCAUGGCUACAGAGGAAGAUGACUAUAACUUUGUGUUCAAAGUGGUCCUAAUUGGAGAAUCUGGAGUGGGCAAGACCAACCUUCUUUCAAGGUUUACUCGGAAUGAGUUUAACCAUGACAGUCGUACUACAAUUGGAGUGGAAUUCUCUACCCGCACCUUGACUGUAGAUGGGCAUCUGGUCAAAGCACAGAUAUGGGACACAGCUGGACUAGAACGUUAUAGAGCCAUCACAUCUGCGUAAGUAAAUAGGGGCCACUAUUUU